GUGCGCGACGCCGUCAACUGAUCAGAACCCAAAAAUGGUGAAGCCUAUGAGAAGUACCAUCAGAAGACGGAAGAGGCUCUCCGGGAGCGGCGCUCGUUUCCGGCGCUGGUCAGAGCCCCGAACUUCCACUGACGACGGCGGCGGAACGGGUGAUGAUUAUUCCUCUUCAUUGUGUUCCUGCAGCGAUUCGAGCCUGGAUAGCGGCGAAGACGCCAACAACGUUGGGAAAGUGGACUUCAGGAAGUAUGGGUUUACGGUUUUCGACGUCCCGGAAGAGCUGACAGGACGGCGGGCUUUCGAGAAUGCGGCGGCGAGUGAACGGAAACGGGAAGGCGGCGGCGGCGGAUGGGAGAGGGUGUUGGGUGGCGUUGGGAGUUACUACGGGACGUUGAUAAGCGGCGCGGCGUUUGGGGCGGUCUCUAUGGGAAUUUUCAUGGUUAGAUUUUUUGGUUGUUUUUACAAUGUUGAUGACCACCUGGGUUCUCUUACUCCCACAUGAAAAUAUGUGUUUCACAUUAAUGGAGAAAACACGGUAAAAAGUUAAAGUGUAAUUUAUUUAUUAGAGAAUUUUAGAUGUUAUUUCAAUCUUGAGAACGGUUUCAUUUGGUGUUUAAUUUAAUGUUCACUUCUAUACACGAA